AUGCCAUUCCGGAGCUUCAUGCCCUUUACUGAGCCAAGGGCCGCCGUCCUUUCCUCCAUUGCUCAUACCGGGCUCAUCAAUUUUCCGCCGCACACCAACCAGCCAAUGGGGAGGAACAUGGACUUCUUUUGCAAAUUUCACGAGUCCCCAGGGCAUACCACAGAACAGUGUCGAGAACUACGAAAUCAAAUUAAGCAGCUAAUCAGAGAAGGGAAGUUAGAUCGAUUCAUACUGGAUAAACCAAAGAACCAGCAAGGCAGGAGGGAAGAAUCCAAAAGAAACAAUCAGGGAAGAUCCACACGUCCGAGGGGUGACGCCCCAAAUAGAAGAGAAAACCAACCACCCCAACAAAGAGAAGGGGAAAGAAACAACCCGAGGAAGGAGGAAGAAAGACCUAGUGUAGAAGAUGGAAAUGAACCCGUUAUGGAGAGGAUACAUGUAAUUUCGGGAGGAGAGAACUUGGUAGGAGACUCCUCCUCCUCCAGAAAGGCAUAUGCGCACCAAGCGUUACACGUUAAUUCAGUAGAGAAGAUACAAGAAGACGAUGACCCCCUCAUUUUUGCACCGGAAGACCGGGGAAGUGUGUCGCUCCCCCACGAUAACCCUUUGGUUAUCUAUGCUAUCAUUGCCAAUCAUCCGAUUGAAAGAAUACUGGUAGAUAACGGAAGCUCCGUGAACCUCUUGUAUUGGAAUUGCUUUGAGAAGAUGCACGUCGCCCAUGAUUAA